AUGGGAGUGAGAGCUAGCAAGUUGAGCAAACUAAUUGGAGCUGGAGGAGUUAAGAGACUGGGACGUAAUAGUACUCCGUUGCCACCUAAAGGUUAUGUUCCUGUUUGCGUAGGGUUUAACAAUGAUACUAGGCGCUUCAUUGUUCAUACAAAAGCACUUGGGGAUGCAGAUUUUUCGGAGCUUCUCUAUAAAUCAGCUGAAGAAUAUGGUUUUGAUAACGAAGGCAUUCUGAGGAUUGCAUAUGAAGCAAAGGAUUUCGAGGAGUGGAUGAUUACUAGGGCUAAGGGAGAGGUCAUUCGGGAUUAUUUGUUUUACUUUUAUCAACUCUUGGUUAGAUUGGUAAAAUUGAAGAACAAUUUUGAGCAAGCAGCUAGACAAGAAUCGGUAAUCAGCUUAGCUUAG